CAGCAGGAGGGAGGGAGGAGGCAGAGGGGGAAGGGAGAAGGGCGGGCUCCUCAAGCCCAGCCCCGCGCUCACCGUCCGUGUCCGCAGAUUCGCCACAAACGGCCCGACCACUCCGGAUCUGGAAUACCGCGACUUCAGCCUACAGGAACUCAACUCUAAGGUGGAGGUGCUACAGAAGUCAUGUGGGGUGCCUACGGGCCCUUCCGAGUCUCAGAGAAAGGCCUCUCAAGACUCAGCAGGCGGGCGGGGAUCUGUGGCGAAAGUGCAGAUCGACAGCGCCGAGGCGCCGCGUUUACCCUGCGCAGACGCCGUCGCCGCCGCUGCUGCCGCCGCCGCUGCCACUGCCUUUGCCGCCACGGUCUCCGCCGCCGCCGUCCCCGCGCUGCCUCCGGGGUCUUCCAUUGUUCCGGCCGUGCCGGGUCCCGAGGCGGGACAACCUAGAGGCUCUCGAAACCGGCGGCGGCCGACGGAGUUGAGACACCAGGGCGCCGGCGGGACCGGGAGCGGCAGGGGUCAGCGCGGGAAUCCCGGGGAGCCGGGGCCAGAGCGUGGGGCGGCAGGGUGCCGGGGUGGCGAGGUCUGCGGUCUCCGGAGUUGGGGCUCUCUCUCCCCGGCCCGUCUUUCCCCGCCGGCCUCCCCAACUGGGGUCGGAGCCCCGGCGGGCGCCCCCGGCAAUGAGCCCGGACUCGAGGUGGCCGGUGAGUGCGGGCCUGGGACCAGGGCGGGAGUGGCCAGCGGGGAAAGGCUAGACUACUUUCGUGGGGCGUGCACUGAGCUGCCCGGUCCGAGGGCCUCUUGGGCCACUCGAGCCGGGAGAACUGACAGUGCAUUAGCUCCCAGCCCGCGUCCCAGGGCAACAGAGUAUCCUCCAGGGCUCCCUGGGCCAAUGGCAGGAGGGGAGCCUUGUUUAACAUGUUACACUUCGACAAAAGGGAAACGUCGCCGCAUCCGGGAGAGGGCUGCGGGCACCGCCUGGGCCCGGCCUGAUCCCUCCGGCCCCCGCCCCCUACUUCCUCCAGCCCCCUGAACUCUGCCGCCAUACCCCUGUGGGCUCUGGGUCUUCCUCACGGGCUUCCAGUCUGAGUUCUUGUCUCCACCCCGUGUGCCCUGCCGCCCAGUCCCAGUGGGACAUCUGCCGGGGGCUCUGUGCUACUUUGGGAGCCAGGGCGACAGAGAUGCAGGAUACACCAGGGACCGACCCAUCAUUGAAAGAGAAGAGCUUGCCUGUUCCUCUGAUUGGUUUGUGUUUAAAGACACAGCUGCAGAUGUGACAGCAUGGGGGUGGACUUUGAUGUGAAGACUUUCUGCCACAACUUGCGGGCAACUAAGCCACCAUAUGAGUGCCCCGUGGAGACCUGCCGUAAGGUCUACAAGAGUUACAGUGGUAUUGAGUACCACCUAUAUCACUAUGACCACGACAACCCACCACCCCCGCAGCAGACUCCACUCCGCAAGCACAAAAAGAAGGGGCGCCAAUCACGCCCAGCCAACAAGCAGUCGCCCAGCCCCUCAGAGGUAUCCCAGUCACCCGGCCGUGAGGUGAUGAGCUACGCGCAGGCCCAGCGCAUGGUGGAGGUGGACCUGCACGGCCGAGUCCACCGCAUCAGCAUCUUUGACAACCUGGAUGUGGUGUCAGAGGAUGAGGAGGCCCCUGAGGAGGCUCCUGAGACUGGUAGCAACAAGGAGAACACCGAGACACCAGCUGCUACUCCCAAGUCAGGCAAGCAUAAGAACAAGGAAAAGCGCAAGGACUCCAACCAUCACCACCACCAUAAUGCUUCUGUGAGCACCACUCCCAAGCUGCCAGAGGUGGUAUACCGGGAGUUGGAGCAGGACACCCCCGAUGCCCCACCCCGGCCGACUUCCUAUUACCGGUACAUUGAGAAGUCGGCAGAGGAGCUGGACGAGGAAGUAGAGUAUGACAUGGACGAGGAGGACUACAUCUGGCUGGAUAUCAUGAAUGAGCGGCGGAAGACAGAGGGUGUGAGUCCCAUCCCGCAGGAGAUCUUUGAGUACCUAAUGGACCGGCUGGAGAAGGAGUCCUACUUUGAAAGCCACAAUAAAGGUGACCCCAAUGCACUAGUGGAUGAGGAUGCUGUGUGCUGUAUCUGCAACGAUGGUGAGUGCCAGAACAGCAAUGUCAUCCUAUUUUGUGACAUGUGCAACCUGGCUGUGCACCAAGAGUGCUACGGUGUCCCCUACAUCCCUGAGGGCCAGUGGCUGUGCCGCCGCUGCCUACAGUCACCCUCCCGAGCUGUGGACUGUGCCCUGUGCCCCAACAAGGGUGGUGCCUUCAAGCAGACAGAUGACGGGCGCUGGGCCCAUGUGGUGUGUGCCCUGUGGAUCCCUGAAGUCUGCUUUGCCAACACAGUCUUCCUGGAGCCUAUCGACAGCAUUGAGCACAUCCCACCAGCUCGCUGGAAGCUGACCUGCUAUAUUUGCAAACAGCGGGGCUCAGGGGCAUGCAUUCAGUGCCACAAGGCCAACUGCUACACAGCCUUCCACGUGACAUGUGCCCAGCAGGCUGGCCUUUACAUGAAGAUGGAGCCUGUGCGAGAGACAGGUGCCAAUGGCACUUCUUUCAGCGUCCGCAAGACAGCCUACUGUGACAUCCACACACCCCCAGGUUCAGCACGCCGCUUGCCUGCCCUGUCCCACAGUGAGGGUGAGGAGGAUGAAGAUGAGGAGGAGGAUGAGGGUAAGAGUUGGAGCUCAGAGAAGGUCAAGAAGGCCAAGGCCAAGUCCCGGAUCAAGAUGAAGAAGGCACGGAAGAUCCUGGCAGAGAAACGGGCCGCAGCACCUGUGGUGUCGGUGCCCUGCAUCCCACCACACAGGCUCAGUAAAAUCACCAACCGCCUGACCAUCCAAAGGAAGAGCCAGUUCAUGCAGAGGCUACACAGCUACUGGACGCUGAAACGACAGUCACGAAAUGGAGUCCCACUGCUACGUCGCCUGCAGACACAUCUGCAGUCUCAGAGGAAUUGUGACCAAGUCGGGAGAGAUUCUGAGGAUAAGAACUGGGCCCUCAAAGAACAGCUCAAGUCCUGGCAGCGCCUCCGGCACGACCUGGAGCGAGCUCGGCUGCUGGUGGAGCUGAUCCGCAAGCGGGAGAAACUCAAAAGGGAGACGAUCAAGGUCCAGCAGAUCGCCAUGGAGAUGCAGCUGACCCCCUUCCUCAUCCUCCUUCGCAAAACCUUGGAGCAGCUCCAAGAAAAGGACACAGGCAACAUCUUCAGCGAGCCGGUCCCUCUGUCUGAGGUAACCGAAUUGGACGAAGUACCUGACUACCUAGACCACAUCAAAAAGCCCAUGGACUUUUUCACCAUGAAGCAGAACUUGGAGGCUUACCGCUACCUGAACUUUGAUGAUUUUGAGGAGGACUUCAACCUUAUCGUCAGCAACUGCCUCAAGUAUAACGCCAAGGACACCAUCUUCUACCGGGCAGCAGUGCGGCUCCGAGAACAGGGUGGCGCUGUGCUCCGCCAGGCCCGGCGCCAGGCAGAAAAAAUGGGCAUUGACUUUGAGACGGGCAUGCAUAUCCCCCACAGCCUGGCUGGAGAUGAGGCCCCACAGCACACUGAAGAUGCAGCAGAGGAAGAGCGGCUGAUCCUGCUAGAGAACCAGAAGCACCUGCCAGUGGAAGAGCAGCUGAAGUUGUUGCUGGAGCGGCUGGAUGAGGUGAAUGCCAGCAAGCAGAGUGUGAGUCGUUCACGGCGUGCAAAGAUGAUCAAGAAAGAGAUGACGGCACUGCGGCGGAAGCUUGCCCACCAGCGGGAAACUGGAAGGGAUGGGCCUGAGCGUCAUGGCCCCUCCAGCCGGGGCAGCCUGACACCCCACCCGGCAGCAUGUGACAAGGACGGGCAGACAGACAGUGCCGCCGAAGAGAGCAGCAGCCAGGAGACAACCAAAGGCCUGGGUCCCAACAUGUCCUCAACCCCCGCACAUGAGGUGGGCAGGAGAACCUCAGUUCUGUUCUCCAAAAAGAACCCGAAGACAGCUGGACCGCCCAAGAGGCCGGGCCGGCCCCCCAAAAACCGGGAGAGCCAGAUGACCCCCAGCCACGGAGGCAGUCCUGUGGGGCCCCCCCAGCUCCCCAUCAUGGGCUCCCUACGUCAGCGCAAGCGGGGUAGGAGCCCCCGGCCCAGUUCGAGCUCAGACAGCGACAGUGAUAAAUCCACAGAAGACCCCCCAAUGGACUUACCAGCUAAUGGCUUCAGCGGUGGAAAUCAGCCAGUGAAGAAGAGUUUCUUGGUAUAUCGUAAUGACUGCAGCCUUCCCCGGAGCAGCUCCGACUCUGAGUCUAGCAGCAGUAGCAGCAGCAGCGCUGCCUCAGACCGAACCAGCACAACACCCUCAAAACAGGGCCGGGGCAAGCCCUCCUUCUCUCGGGGCACAUUCCCGGAAGACAGCAGUGAAGAUACCUCAGGCACUGAGAACGAGGCCUACUCCGUGGGCACUGGCCGCGGCGUGGGCCACAGCAUGGUAAGGAAGAGUCUGGGACGGGGAGCUGGCUGGCUGUCAGAGGAUGAGGACUCCCCACUGGAUGCUCUGGACCUGGUGUGGGCCAAAUGCCGAGGGUAUCCAUCAUACCCAGCUCUGAUAAUUGAUCCAAAGAUGCCCCGGGAAGGUAUGUUCCAUCAUGGGGUUCCUAUCCCUGUGCCCCCCCUGGAGGUGCUGAAACUUGGGGAACAGAUGACCCAGGAAGCCCGAGAGCAUCUCUACCUCGUCCUCUUCUUUGACAACAAGCGAACCUGGCAGUGGCUGCCAAGGACUAAGCUGGUUCCUCUGGGCGUGAACCAGGACCUCGACAAGGAAAAGAUGCUGGAGGGCCGCAAAUCCAACAUCCGCAAAUCAGUGCAGAUUGCUUACCACCGGGCUCUGCAGCACCGCAGCAAGGUGCAGGGCGAGCAGAGCAGCGAGACCAGUGAUAGUGACUGAUAAUGCCCAGCACAGCCCAACCUACAGUGCCCUGCCACCUCUCUCCUCCCCCUUUGCUCACUGUCCUGGAGUGGCACCGGCCUCUGCACUGACUCAUUCCUGGUCUUGGGGCCAGUCUCAGGGGAAGCUGGGUGGGGGAGGUCCCUCCCGCCCUGAGUGCAGCUGGACUGUACAGAACACUCCAAGGGCCCACGGCGGCUCUGCGCAUGGAGAGGGGAGGUCUCACUGGCCAGAGAGCCCCAGAGACCUCAGCAUUGUAGUGCAGGAUGGUGGGCCAAGGUUAGGACACUGCAUAAAACAGGCCAUCCCACCACCUCUGUCUGCUCUGCUCAUGCCAGGAGAAUCUAACUGCCUAGUGGCCUGAGGCCCUUGCAGGUGGUGAGGUGAACGGGCAUCUGCCCAGCCUAGCAGUGGGAUUGAUGUCUGUCCAGCCUGGAAGAGGGGCACUAGGUGACCCCCCUCCCCUGCUGUUGUAAAUACUGUAAUUAGCGGAGAAUUUAAAUUAUUCUCAUUUGUAACUGCGUUUCCGGGUCGCGCCAGAGUCAUUUGGUACUAAAAAAGACUGGGGCCUGUCCCCACUUCCCUUUUUCCCAUAGAUGCCCCCACCUUUCAAACUGGUUUGUAUUUAUUUCAAAGGAAGAAAAUAUAUUGAUUCUUAGAAAAUAAA